UAGGCAGCAAACCUUGUUCUUAGCGGUAUCUAUAAGCUCCAAAGGACGUCCAAAUCAACCAAACCAUUGUUGCAAUAAAACUACAUGGAAAUCGCGAAACUGGGAAAAAGGAAGGGAAAGAAAAUUUGAAGAAAACAAAAGCUAAAGGAAAUAACGAUUCACUUACCAUUGCAACUACCACAGGCAGCUCGUCUUGAUUGUCAUGGAUUACUUGAAGACAGUGGUUCCUUCCCAACUCGUCAACGAGCGAGGCUCCAAUCUGGUUGUAAUCAACCCAGGGUCUGCGAACGUUAGAAUAGGCCUUGCGCCUCAGGAAACUCCCUUUAAUAUCCCUCACUGCAUUGCUCGCUAUACCAACCAAACGCCUAAAUUAAAUGUUCGAGAUCAGACGCUGAAUUCUCAGGUUACAACUUCACAGCACAUGGAUCGCGAGAAGGCAUAUGAUGUUAUUGCUUCGUUAUUGAAGAUACCGUUUCUGGAUGAAGAGGUUGCUAACAAUUCUUUCCCACGCAAGAUAGGACGUGUUGAUGGAUAUAAUCCACAAAGUGGCAGGAAGGAUAUGGCUUUUACAUGGGCUAGUGUAUAUGAGCAAGAAACUAAUUCUUCUUUGGCGCCAGAAAGACCAACAAAUGAAGGUCAGAUUGGUGGGUCCUUGGAGAAGCAUGAAAGUAAGGAGCCCUCUACAAGUGAGCGCAAGUAUAGAGGAUUCAUUUGUGGCGAGGAAGCCCUAAGAAUAUCCCCUACAGAGCCAUAUUGUUUACAUCGCCCUAUUCGCAGAGGUCACUUCAACAUUUCACAACAUUAUCCAAUGCAGCAGGUGCUUGAGGACCUGCAUGCUAUUUGGGAUUGGAUUUUGAUGGAGAAACUACAUAUUCCUCAGUCUGAAAGAAACAUGUAUGCUGCCAUCCUUGUUUUGCCAGAAACAUUUGACAAUCGCGAAAUAAAAGAAAUGCUAUCUGUGGUACUACGAGAUUUGUGCUUUAGUUCAGCAGUAGUGCACCAGGAAGGUCUUGCAGCAGUUUUUGGGAAUGGCUUAUCAACAGCAUGUGUUGUAAAUAUUGGUGCCCAGGUGACAUCUGUAAUUUGUGUUGAGGAUGGUGUAGCGCUACCUAAUACAGAAAAGACUUUGCCCUUUGGCGGGGAGGAUAUAUCAAGAUGCCUACUAUGGACACAGAGGCAUCAUCAGACAUGGCCCCAAAUUCGAACAGACAUUUUGACAAAGCCCAUAGAUCUGCUUAUGCUCAAUAGACUGAGGGAAUCCUAUUGUGAGAUCAAGGAGGGAGAGGUUGAUGCUGUAGCUGUAGUUCACUCUUAUGAGGAAGACAUGCCUGCUGGAUCUCAUAAGACGAGGCUAAUUGCUCUAAACGUACCUCCUAUGGGUCUGUUCUUCCCAAAGCUUUUAGUUCCAGAUGUAUAUCCUCCACCACCCCGUUCGUGGUUCCAUGACUAUGAGGAUGUGCUGGAAGAUACAUGGCAUAUGGAAUACCCGAGAAGACCUGAUAUGGCAGAUGGUUUAUUUCCAGGGAUUAGUGUUGGAUUACCUAUGUGGGAUAAUUAUCCAGUUUUCCCUUCCAAGCCUAAGAAAGAAGAGAAGGUUGGUCUUGCAGAGGCUAUCACCAGUAGCAUUCUUUCAACAGGUCGUAUAGAUCUCAAGAGAAAAUUAUUUUGUAGCAUACAAGUGAUUGGUGGAGUGGCUUUGACACAUGGUCUUAGUCCUGCAGUGGAGGAAAGAGUUCUACAUACAAUUCCCUCGAAUGAAGCAAUUGAUACUGUUGAGGUCCUGCAGUCAAGAACUAAUCCUAUCUCCGUGCCCUGGAAAGGUGGAGCUAUCCUUGGAGUUCUUGAUUUUGGUCGGGAUGCUUGGAUACACAGGGAGGACUGGAUUCGCAAUGGCAUUCACAUUGGCAGCGGCCGAAAAUACAAGGACUCUUACUACCUUCAAGCACAAGCUAUGUGUUAUAUAAAUUCUUAAAUUCUUCCACUUCCUGAUUAUUUAUCCUGCCUGUGUACCAUAAAUGUAGAACUUGGAUCCAGUGUAAAUUACAUUUGGCCUUAUUAGUCUGGAGAUUUUAUGCAAAUGAAAUUACACAGAAUGUUUAUCACUAUUAA